AUGCUCUACCUCGUCCCCACACCCAGCUGGUUUGCCAAGGAUGGCCAGCCCCAGGUGCGAGCAGCCCCCCAGUCCCCCAGCCCUUCCACCCACCUGCUGCAGAACGGGGCCGGGCGGGGGCUGGAUCCAGGAGGUGCCAACAGGGAGGCUGGGAACGGGGUCUUCCGCCCCCUCCCCAGCGCUGCGAAGCCCCCCCGCAAGCUGCAGUCACACCACUCCAUCAACAGCCAGAGCAGCAAGAAGAGCAAGGGCAGCUCCAAGUCAGCCUCAUCCCACAUCCCUAUUGAGGCACAAGAAGACUGCUGCGUCCACUGCAUCCUCUCCUGCCUCUUCUGCGAGUUCCUGACCCUCUGCAACAUCGUGCUGGACUGUGCCACCUGCGGCUCCUGCACCUCCGAGGAUUCCUGCAUCUGCUGCUGCUGCUGCAACUCGGGCGAGUGCGCCGACUGCGACCUGCCCUGCGACAUGGACUGCGGCAUCAUCGACGCCUGCUGCGAGUCGGCCGACUGCCUGGAGAUCUGCAUGGAGUGCUGCGGGCUCUGCUUCUCCUCCUGA